AUGUCUGAUUUAUUUUCUGUAGAGCUUUUGAACCUGGAAAAGAAGUUAGCAGAAUACAAGUGUGAUACCAACAAGGCUAUUCGGCUAAAAUUAGUUCGCUUCGUUGAAGACCUGGAGGAUGAGACCAUGAGCUUCAGUCCAUUAUACAGUCACCAAGUGUUUGGAGAUGAAGAAUCAGUAUUUGGCUACAAGGACCUUGAAAUCCAAUUGUACUACAGUACCUGCAGCCUCACUACAUUCUUCAAUAUCAAAUACUCCAGCAAAGUUGUAGAAAAAUAUGACAACGUAGAGGUUGAUAAUGUUGAAAGUAAACUGUUAGAAUUUAUCCCAGCUGGUUACUGCAUCAACCUUGAUGAGUUUAUUGUGCAGCUGGAAAAGGACGCUUCCUUCAGACCAUUUGGAUUUCUCAUUCACUCAUAUACCGUGUAUGAUGAGAAGGAGGGACUGGAGUUAAACUAUGAGAUUUACAAGACUGAUAUUAGCUGUCCAGGAUUUCGAGAAUACCACGAGAGACUGCAGACCUUCCUCAUCUGGUUCAUUGAAACAGCAAGCUUCAUUGAUGUGGAUGAUGAUAAAUGGCAAUUCUUCCUAGUGUUUGAGAAAUAUCUUGAAGAUGGCUUGCCACGCUUUGCAACAGUGGGUUAUAUGACUGUAUAUAAUUUCUAUGCAUAUCCUGACAAAAUGAGACCACGGAUAGGGUAGGUAACCAGCAACAUC